UGUUUGGCCAUAACAGUCCUUUCGAACCUUAUCUCUGUUUUCUCUCGUUGACUAUGCGAGACAGGGAACGACGGGAAGUCGACUCCGACAAGCUCUCAAGUUUCGAAUGGCUUCCACUACGCAUCCAAUUCAAUGCAUAUACGACGUCUUCCUUAGUUUUAGAGGCCAAGACACUCGCAAGAACUUCACUGACCAUCUGUAUGCUGCUUUCGACCUCAAAGGAAUCGUGACCUUCAGAGACGACCUCAAACUUGGCAGAGGAAAAACCAUUUCCCCGGAACUCCUGAAAGCAAUCGAAGAAUCAAGGUUUGCGGUAGUUGUUUUCUCACGAAACUAUCCUUCUUCGACAUGGUGUUUGGAUGAGCUUAGUAAGAUUUGCGAAUGCAUGAAGGAACUGGGACAAACUGUUUUUCCUGUUUUUUAUGAUGUGGAUCCGUCUGAGGUGCGCAAACAAACGGGGAGCUUUGGGAAAGCGUUUGCUGCUCACAAAGAAUCUUUCAAGGGAAAUGUAGUGAAGGUGCGGAGAUGGAGGGCUGCAACGACAGAGAUAGCCAAUCUCUCUGGAUGGCAUUUACAGGAUAGACAUGAGUCAGAAGUUAUCCGUGAAAUUUCUCAAGAAAUAUCGAGUAAAUUGAGUGACACAUUCUCUCAAGUUUCCAAGGAACUAGUUGGAAUAGAAUCUCGUCUGGAGGAACUAAAUACGUACUUAGGUACAGACUUAGAUGACGUUCGCAUUAUAGGGAUCUGCGGGAUGGGAGGAAUAGGUAAGACAACUAUUGCUCGUGUUCUGUAUGAGAGAGUCUCGGGCCAAUUUGAUGGUAGUAGCUUUCUUUCCAACGUCAGAGAGGUUUCCGAAAAGUGUGGACUAGUUGCUUUACAGAGACAAAUUAUUUCAGAAAUCCUGAUGGAAACAAUUGUAAAUGUAUGGGAUGUCUUCAAAGGUUGCGAUGUAAUAAGAACCAGAUUGCGUCAUAGAAGGGUUCUUCUUAUUCUUGAUGACGUGGAUCAAUCAGAACUGUUAGAAAAUUUAGCAGCAAAACAUGAUUGGUUUGGUUCGGGGAGUAGAAUCAUCAUAACAACUAGAGAUGAGCAUUUGCUUCUUCGACAUGGAGUGGAUCAAAUAUACGAGGCCAAAGAAUUGGCAUCAAGAUUAAUCUCUUAUGUCUUUAGUUGGAAAGCGUUUAGAAAACACCAUCCGCAAAAAGAAUAUCUAGACCUCUCCAACAUUGUCGUAAACUAUGCUAAUGGUCUCCCGUUGGCGCUUGAAGUUUUGGGGUCCUUUCUGUUUGGCAGGACUGUAUCUGAGUGGAAAAGUGCAUUGAAUAAACUAAAAGAAGUUCCUAACAGAACAGUUUUUGAAGUACUUAAAAUAAGCAUCGAAGGACUAGAGGAGAUGGAGAGGAACAUAUUCCUGGAUGUCGCUUGUUUCUUCAAGUCAAUGAACAAAGCUCGAGUAACAGAGAUACUUGACAGCUUUGAGAUGGGUUGGGAAAUUGUUCGCCAAGAAUCUCGUAAGGAGCCUGGAAAACGCAGCAGGUUGUGGCUUUUCGAGGAUGUCUAUGAUGUACUAGUGAAUAAUAAGGGUACCGAAGUCAUUGAAGGCUUUGCCUUAACUUCACCUUUAGACGAAGAGGUCCACUCGAGCGAGGAUGCCUUCUCUAAAACGAACAAACUGCGGUUUCUCAGAAUAGGUAAUGUGCACCUUUCCGAAGACCUUACAUAUCUCUCAAAUGAGUUAAGAAUUCUCGAAUGGCACGGAUAUCCUUCAAAAUCUCUCCCAUCAAGUUUUCGACCAGAAAAGCUUUUCGAACUCAAGUUGUGUGAUAGCCGCAUUGAAGAACUCUGGAAAGUUAUGAAGAAGCCUCUGGAGAAGUUGAAAAUCAUUAAGCUAAGUUACUCUCGAAGUCUCAUCAAGACCCCGGAUUUUGGAGUAGUCCCAAACCUUGAGAGGCUGAUCCUCGAAGGUUGUACAAGUUUAUCCAAGAUUCACCCGUCCAUUACAGGGCUUAAAAGACUUGUUUUGUUGAAUCUGAAAGAUUGUAAAAGUCUUAGAAGUCUUCCAAGCUCCAUCGAACUGCAGUUCCUUAGAAUUUUCAUUCUUUCCGGUUGCACAAAACUCAAAAAUUUCCCUGAGAUUGUCGGAAAUAUGGAACACUUGUUCAAACUGUCGUUAGAUGGUACAGCAAUACGAGAACUUCCCUCAACAAUUGAUCACCUACAAGGCCUUGAAUGUUUAAGUCCGAGAGACUGUAAUGGCUUUGUGAAUCUUCCGAGCGCUAUUUGUGCGUUGGGGUCUCUUAAAGUUCUUGCAUUAUCUGGACUAACGGAACUUGAUCUAAGUGACUACAAUUUAUUGGAAGGAACACUUCCUUCGGAUCUUGGCUGCUUAAGCUCAUUGGUGAAGCUACAUCUAAACAGAAACAAUUUCGUCAGCGUUCCUGCAAGAAUCAGUCAACUUACAAAGCUUACGGAACUGAACUUAAAUGAUUGCAAGAGGCUUCAACUAUUGCUGGACAUUCCAUCAAGCGUAAGAGAAUUAAUGGCGCAAGAUUGUUCGUCACUUGAAACGUUUUCAAAUCCAUUGUCUGCAGGCAGUUCGGUGCGGGUGGGGUUCAGUUUUAUUAAUUGCUAUAGAUUGGCAGGGAAUCCAGGCAUUAACCUGACAUUUCUCAUGCUGAGGAAGUAUCUUCAAUCAUCAAUAAAGGCCGAUUCUCAGGAACCAUUUGCUGCGUUCGGUAGUUGUAUUCCUGGAAGUGAAAUUCCGAAGUGGUUCAUGCAUCAGAGUGCAGGCUCUUCCUUAAGUAUCGAGGUGCGUCCACAUUGGUGCAGUGGUAAGUUCAAGGGAGUUGCUGUAUCAACUGUUUUUGGAGUCCGCGACAAUGCAACCAUCCGCCGGGUAGAUUUGAAUUCAACAGAUGAACCAAAGAUUCGGUGUGAGUUGGAUACUGACAAAGGUAUCAUGAUCCCUGGCCUUGUUCUUCCCUUCACCAAAGACAUAUGCAUCGAGUCAGAUCACCUUUGGUUGUGCUACAUAUCGCGCGAAUGGUUUGCAAAGUGUGCAGGUGAGUGGUGGAAAUGUAGACAUAUUCAGGCUUCCUUCGAAUCCAGCAUCUCCGUCUUGGAGGUGAAAAGGUGUGGGCUCCGUCUGGUAUAUAAGUGAGACAUGGAGGACAUAUUCCGUGAUGAUUUGAUUAAUCAUCGGUAGGACUAGGAGGGGCCAGGCAAAGUCGUGAUAUCUACGAGUAUUAUGAUGAACUCGAAUGCCGGGAAAGCGGUAAAAUCAAUCCGAUGAUCAGAAAGACGGUCAUAUUCUUCAGAGCUUUUCUGGUUGGAUUGCUACUUUUGAUUCUUUGGCAACUUUGCUUUUCCCGGGUUCCUUGUUUGUCAAGCUAUUGGUAAGUCAAUGUGUUCAAAUUCAACCUAAAUUAAACCUUUUUAUUAUCGUCA